AUGCGGUACCAUGUCUCGGUGAUCGCCUUGCUAGGCGCAUUGGCAUCGCGCAGUGCGGCCGACACCCUCGACGAUCCUAGCUCGCCGUACCGGACAUGCUCUCCACGCGUCGCCACGGCCGACACGCCCUUUCUCGUCAAGGGCAUCAACUAUACCCGGUACUACGAUGAUCUGGGCGGCGGGUAUUCUUAUCCGGACUCGCGGUGGAACAGCGUCGCCGUCUGGCUGGCUAUUGUCUCGAACCGCGUGUGCCCCGACGACGAGACGGGCUGCAAUGUCAGCGGUCCCGUGUGCAAGCUGAUUGACUGCAUGCCCCUGUCCCAGGACGCAUCCCGUGCUAUCAAUGGCGGACGCACCAUCGUCACCGACUACGUCCUCACCGUGCCAGGGGGCGCGGGCCCGGACGGCGCCUACUAUGACCUCGCCAGCUCGCUGUACGACCGCCACGACGGCUCCAAGGACUUGACCAAGAGCUCUUGGCGCACCAUCAACUAUGCGGACAACUCUUCUGGUCUACAGUACGACAAUGGCUGGAGGGGUUUCAACAUGACUGGGAUGCAGCUCCCAGAAGGCACCAACAAGGACGGUUUCUACCCCUACGAGGUCUCCGACUCCAACGUCUGGCCAGGCUGGGACCUUCACGAUGUGCCAUGCCAGUCAUUUGUGUGCGCCCGAAAGUGCAUCAACGACGCGUGGUCGGGAACAGCGGUAGACUUCGACGCGGCCGAGGCCUGCAUCAAUCAGUGCGAGGGCGUGGACGAUGUGGUCAACUACUGCACAGACGUUGGCGGCGAGGCCCUCGAUAUAGUUCCCGAGGAUCUGGGGUUCGACUCGCAACGUGAGCUGGAUGCGUACGUACCCGAUGGCUGCGUCGUGUACGCGUCAGAGGCUUUCCCGGCACAAUACGCAAGCUACAGCGCGUCGGUUGCGAGCGCCUCGAGCGCCGCUCUGGCGAGUUCGACGAGUGCUUCCGCUGCAGGGGCUACAGCUUCCAGUGGAGCCAUCAGUGGCCGGAGAGAGGCUGCCCAGGCUGGCGUUGUCCUAGGGGUCGUGCCUCUUGUAGUAAAAGUCAUAUUUGCUGUCUAG